CUAAUGACACAUUGCAGCUUUGCCACUGUCUGCUGCUGACGACAGAUGACAAUUUGAUUUUGUCGUAUGCGUAUGAUUUUGAAGUUUAAUUUUUAUAACUUUUUAUUUAACUUUAUCCGUACUGAUUUAUAUUUGAUUGGGACAUCAAAUGAAAUAUAGGCUACUUCUUGAGGAAUAAGAUUAAUAAGUAAUUCCAUGGAGACGCACAGAGGAAAAUACACCUGCUCUGCUCUCCAUGCCCUCCCCCUUUUCCCUUUUUCCCUUCAAGAAAACAUGACUUGUGAGUUUCAUCAACAAAGCUCUUUAUGGAUUCGUGUUCAUUACAAAGGUUGGUAGAUCUCCCGCUGAAAUAUAUGGAACAACAUGACUACUGACUACUGGUUAGUGUCUUAUAACCAAAAACCUGCUGUGGAUUAUGAGCGAUCGGAUUGGAGGUCUUAAGGAGAAAGACUUGACUUAGUCUUGACUUGUGAGGGGGAGUCGGUAAGUUCCACAGGAACUGUUUUUGGAUCAAGAUCCCACACCCGCGUCAUAUAUGCAGGCCAGUAUGGCACCUAAGAACGCUGUGUCGGAGUCCGUUACAGUGCUGGACGUGGCAGUCAUGCCUGAGAAGGAAAGAGAAGUAGAGAUGCCAGACGAAUCAUCCAGUGAGAAUUCUGUAGACCACAUCCCUAAGCGGUUAUGGGUCAUGCACGGUGCUGUCAUGUUUGGGAGAGAGUUCUGCUACGCAAUGGAAACUGCACUGGUCACACCUGUGCUGCUGCAGUUAGGUCUCCCAGAGCAGUACUACAGCUUAACCUGGUUCCUGAGCCCUAUUUUGGGUUUAAUUUUCACACCUCUGAUUGGCUCAGCAAGUGAUCGUUGCACUUUGAAAUGGGGACGGAGGAGACCCUUCAUUUUGUUACUCUGUGUUGGAGUGUUAAUAGGAGUGGCAUUAUUUCUCAAUGGAUCUAUAAUGGGUCUUUCUCUGGGUGACAUUCCCAGCAAUCAACCUAUUGGGAUUGUGCUGACUGUGGUUGGAGUGGUGAUUCUGGACUUCUGUGCUGAUGCUUUGGAGGGACCAAUCAGGGCUUACCUCCUGGAUGUGGCUGAUUUAGAGGAACAGGAUGUGGCUCUAACUAUCCAUUCUUUCUCAGGAGGACUGGGAGGUGCUUUGGGCUACAUGCUUGGAGGGCUGGACUGGACUUAUACCUUCCUGGGUCAAGCUUUUAAGGCCCAAGAGCAGGUGCUCUUCUUCUUUGCAGCCAUCAUCUUUAUAAUAUCUGCAACGCUUCACCUCUUCAGCAUUAAGGAGCACCUAUAUAACCCCAACCAACAGAGGGUAAUGAAGGAUGAGGAUGCAGAUAGGCCACCUGUUCAGUCCUGUGGCAGCUUUCCAUCAACUCGCCUCGUGCCUCAACUAGAAUUUAUUCCUGAAGAGGAGCCAUUUACAGCCAAUGAAGAUGAUCACUGUGAGUGGGAAGCUCUAGAAGACUUUCUAAACAUUGACUUGGUGCGGUGUAAAAGUGACUCGGUACUAGCCAUGCCUGAUGCUACCAUACAGCUUGAUGCAGACUUGGACUUGGAACGUGAUGGCCAGUUUCUAUGUGACUUUGAACCAAACGUAUUCCAGGACUGUCAUGCUCUCCAACAUUAUGGAAUGCCAUUGGAUUGCCAAUACAGCAACAAUGGCCAACUUGGUCAUUGUACUGACCACCACUCACAGAAGGCUGAUAGUAAUGGGGAAACAGUCUCUGGAGCUGCCAAAGCUGUAAACGGAAGCUUUGCUGGUCAAGGAACUCCAAUAACUGGUGACACAAAUGCCACUGGUCAGUCUGGCAAAGCCAACUUGCGUCAAGCUAGUACCACAGUGCGUUGCCACCACCCUACCUUCUACCGCCAGCCCUCAUUCACUUUCUCUUAUCAUGGACGUGUGGGCUUUCUAUGGCGCCGUCGCUAUGCCAACAUGGCUGGGCCAAUCAAAUCAUCACAAAGCCUGAAUGACAUAGACAAAAUAACUAGACGGCAUGAGCAACAGAAGCUGCAGCCGAGUCGCAGUGCUGUAUCCAGCAGGAAUGAAGAGGAUGAAGAAAGUGAGGAUGGAGAAGGUGGUACGACGAUCACAUUGCUAUGGUUGUACAUGCUAAAGAUGCCUCCUCAGCUCUGGCGUCUGUGUGUAUGUCACCUACUUACCUGGUUCUCCAUGAUCGCACAGGCUGUAUUCUACACUGACUUCAUGGGCCAGGUUAUCUUUGAUGGAGACCCAACUGCUGCUGCUAACUCCACCGCUCUGCAGAACUACAGUAAAGGUGUUCAGAUGGGAUGCUGGGGACUUGUGAUCUAUGCAGCUACAACUGCCCUCUGUUCAGAUGUGCUUCAGAGGAUUCUCAACAACUAUGACCUAAGCAUAAAAAUAAUCUACAUUUUGGGGACUCUAGGCUUCACUGUGGGCACAGCCAUCAUGGCCAUCUUUCCAAAUGUAUAUGUUGCUAUGGUGAUGAUAAGCACCAUGGGAGUCAUCUCUCUGAGUAUUUCAUACUGCCCUUAUACUCUGCUUGGACAGUACCAUGAAAACAAAGAGUAUAUUCAUCACAGCCCUGGCAACUCACAGCGAGGCUUUGGCAUUGACUGCGCCAUCCUAUCAUGUCAGGCGUACAUCGCACAGAUCUUCGUGGCAUCUGCACUCGGCGCAGUCAUAAAUGCGGUCAGAACAGUGAGGGUGGUCCCCAUAGUGGCUUCAGGAGGCUCCUUUCUCGCUUUCCUUGCUGCUGCUUUCCUUGUCAUCUACCCCGACACUCCUGAUGAUGAAGAUGACAGUGAUGAUGAAGACGAGAAAGGCCCCAGCUCCAUGAAGUCAGAUGCAGCAUCCAAUAACAGUAUAGAGAGAAUCUGUGUUCUUAAGUCAGUGACGAAGAACAGUGCUGGCAUGCCAGAGGCUGAAUCCUCAGUCUGAGUGUUAAACCUGGAAAAACUUGACUUUUAAAAGAACAGAUCUAAGAAUGCACAAGGGUAAGACAAAGGCUGUAUUUGCUGCUAAUGUGUGCUGAUAUCAAUGGCCUGCUGAUAGAUUGAUAGUUUAAGAGACACUCUUUACCAUAGAUUCAUUCACAAAUGCUAAAUGUAAUUCUGUAGUGACGGUACAGAGACAAAAAUAUUUGAGUCAAAUGUUUGAUUUUCUGAGAUUGCUUCUCAAGAUAUUUAUUGUUGGUACCCAGCAUUAACAUUUUCUAGAUGAGAGUACACAUUUCACUUUUAAGAAAGUGUUUACCAGUUUUAUGUCACUACAAUUAAAAUAUUUUCCUUUCACAGAAAUUUUUCAUAUUUUUCACCACUUCAAAGUCAACGUAUACAUCCCAGAUGUAUUUUCGUUCUAUGGCAACCCAGUUCAUCUUUUCUUUGUAGGCUAAUAUUUUACUCUAUUAAAAUAUUCUGUUAUUAUUGCUAUCAUUUUUGUAUUUCAUCAGAAACACUCAGGAAAGCUGAACCACUGCUUCUGCCAAAAUGUUGUUGUUUUUUGUGCCUUUGAUGAUUCUCAGGUUUUUGUAAGUGUUUGUUUUGAGAGUCAAAGAAACUGAAUAUUUUGGGUACUCUUUUUAAAGGUACGAUGAAUAUGGAGUGCUGCAUCAUUUGGUAAAGUGUUUUUGCAGUAGUGAUUUGUGUGCAGAAUGGAGAAAAAAAAAUGUAUCUGUCAAGUCAGCCUCACUCUGCCUUAAAUGAUGACACUCCUAUAGUAGUAGUAUUUUUCUCAGCCCAAUGUAUAAUACUGUUCCAGGUGUAGUUUAUGUACACAAGUUUUGACUCAAUCUUUGAGCCUGCUUCUCGUUCAAGAAAACGGGCCACAUUUUUUACUUAACGUAGUUACAGAUUCUACUGGCAGAACCUAAGUUAUACCCUCUUAUGUUCAUAAAUUUAACAUUGUAAUAAAUACAUUUCUGUAUUUAAAUACAUUGACAUCUGUGAUUUGCUUACAGAGGUCAGGUGGGUGUGUGUGUGUGUGUGUGAGAGAGAGAAGCAAGGUGGAUGCUUUAUAUAAUUUUUUUGGCAAAUAUGGUACUGCUGUGACCUGUUUUGUUUUUUCUUUUUCCUAGUGUUUGAACCAAGAGAAUUUACACUGUACCAAAUUUGUAUUUAGAUUUUGUGUACAAUUUGAAUAAAGAGAA